CAUAACCAUAGCCAUGACUAUCAACUUAUAUCUUCUUCCGUGAGAGUCUGAGAGAUUAAAACGUGGGUGAAAAAUUACGUCCAAUUGUGAAGUGUAAUACUUGAUAAGGUUUAAGGAGGGAUCGCAAUCUACCCAGGGAGCACCAACUAAUUAGAUAGUGGAGCGAAGCUUGAAACGGGAAUUAUUGGAUCUUCGAUAAUCCAUCUAUCUACCACCAAAACGAUAAUAAUUACCUACGACGCGAGCAGAUAAUUAUUAAGUCACAAUUUAUUUGUGGAAACGAAAGGACGAAACGAUACGUGGUGUGAAGGAUUCGGAUUGUCGGCAUAUCUAUUGGGAUUGAAUUGCGAUUGGCAUUGGCAUUGGCAUUGGGGUUGACAGGUGGUUUCUUAAGACGAUUGAUUUAUUGCAGACCUGAGCGGUUUGAAAUCCAUACGAAACAAUUACCUCGUACGCCGUUGCGAAAACUUGCAGAUUCUGCAGUGCUCUUGAUCAAAGGAGGAAAGGGUCAACAAGCAAAGGAACUGGAAGCAGGUAAAUUUGCAAAAGCUCGCAAGCCUCAACGUACCUACCUAGUACUACCACUAUUGCGCAAAUUACGAUAAACGUCCAGCGCAGUAUUCGCAGUAGAAAUGGGAAAGUACUACGCAGCUAAUCCUCCUUACUAUAAGGAAAAGCCCACCAAAAUGGCUUCCAUGCGACGUGUGAAAGUAUUCGGCCUUUUCGUCUUCAUCGCCGUCGUAUCCCUCCUCUUCUAUACUUCCUCUCUUCGUCAACAGCGCAAUCUCGUCAAAUCCGACUCCGGGGAUUUUUACAGCAAGACCAUGAACGGAUUGGGAAAGCAAGAAGUGGCAGCUGCAGGAAGCCGAAACGAUGAAGAUGAAAAAGUAGCAAAACAAAUGCAACAAAGAUUAAAAGAUGCGGCGGAUAAAGCAAAAGAUAAUGCGAAUGCGAAGGCGUUUAAACCUGAUCCGCCAUCGCAGGUUGUAGGGAAGGGAAAUGCGGCAGAGGGACAGGGUGGGGAGAGGAGUGUUGCGGGACGGAAGAAGAUGAGUGAUAAGGCACAAGAAGUUGUCAAAGAGGGGGAGAAGGAGGUGGAGGAAGAAGAUAUGGAGGUCACGACGGAAUUGAAUACUAUUUUGAAGAAAUCGCCGAUAAUCAUUUUCUCCAAAUCUUACUGUCCGCAUUCCAAACGCGCAAAGGAUAUCCUCCUCGAAAAAUACACAAUCGAUCCGUUCCCAUAUGUGGUGGAACUAGAUAAACAUGCCCUGGGAGGAAAAUUGCAAGGGAGAUUGUAUCAGCUUACAGGAAGGAGAACAGUCCCCAAUGUGUUGAUUAAUGGGGUCAGUAUUGGAGGUGGUGAUGAUGUGGCGGAAUUGGACGAAAAGAAAACAUUAGGAGAGAAGGUGAAGGAUUUGGGUGGGAAGAAAAUUCUGAACGUUAAGGCUAAUUAAAGGGGGGAGAGGAGGAGAAAAUGGGAAUGAGAAGCUGGAAUCGGACAGACGAUAAGGUCAUCACUACGCAGGCGUCUUGUGUAGGCAGACCACAAGAGUCAGUCCGCAGAAUAAUCCUUUAAUAGCGUUUUAGUUUCGUUGUUUUGGGAAUCGAAAUCAAGCUUUGUAUCAUUAUAUUUUCGUUCGGAUGGAUUGACAGGCGCAUUUCCUUUCGUUAUCCUUUUUCACACGUACAUAUUCCAUAGAGAAAUGGAUAUUUUCCUCGACUGAGAAUUUAAUGACAUUCUAUUCAGGUUCGCGAACUGGAAAUCUGGAUGUCUGAAGUAGGGUGAGAAUGGAUGUUGAGACGUUUUUCUUGGGCUUUCUUGAACUAAUGAUGGUGAUGAUGACGGUACUGCCCAUUAUUGGAAUCAUGGGCUCGUAAUCUGGAUGGAAUACCACUGAAGCCAAAAGGAAAGGAUUCAGGAGUGUUGAGGAGUUUGGAUACUUGAGGAUGGGGUGUAGGU